AUGGGGGGCAAUGAUAAGAGGAAGCGAAGCGAAAGUGAAGGAGGAGAUGAACAACCAAUGGAGAAGAAGAGGGAGAUUCUGCCGUCGAUGAUAAAGAACAAGGAGAAGAGGUCGGCGAUCCACGCCAAGCUCAAGCAACAGAAGAAACUCGAGAAGCGCAAGAAGGCCAAAGCUCGCGACGCCGCCGAGAAGCGCGCUCUCGAGCUCGGCGAGGAGCUUCCGGCGAAGAAGAUCCCUAAGACGAUUGAGAACACCAGGGAAUUCGAUGAGACUGUUUGUAAGCCCGACGACGAAGAGCUGUUUGCUGGAAAUGAUGCCGAUGAAUUUAGUUCGAUUUUAAAGCGCGAAAGGACUCCAAAAAUAUUAAUCACUACUUGCCGUUUCCAUUCUUCUAGGGGGCCUGAUUUAAUAAAGGAACUACUUUCAGUGAUCCCAAAUGCACACUACUAUAAACGAGGAACGUAUGACUUGAAAAAGAUUGUAGAAUUUGCAAAUAAGAAGGACUUCACAUCUAUAAUUGUUGUUCACACCAAUCGCAGGGAACCAGAUGCUUUCGUAAUAAUUGGCUUACCUACUGGACCUACUGCCCAUUUCAAGCUCUCAAAUCUUGUUUUACGCAAGGAUAUCAAGAAUCAUGGAAAUCCAACCAGUCAUGAGCCUGAGCUUGUAUUAAACAAUUUUACAACACGCCUUGGUCAUCGUAUUGGAAGAUCAAUACAGUCACUUUUCCCACAAGAACCAAACUUUCCUGGUCGGCGAGUUGUAACUUUCCACAACCAGCGAGAUUUUAUAUUCUUCCGGCAUCAUCGGUAUAUUUUUGAAGCCAAAGAGACUAAACAGACUGAGUCAAAAGGUAAAAAGACCAAGGAUGCCAAGGGUGAGAGUGAACCUCAAGGGAAAGUGAUUGCCCGUCUUCAGGAGUGUGGCCCUCGUUUCACCCUUAAACUACUCAGUCUGCAGCAUGGGACCUUUGAUACUAAAGGCGGGGAAUAUGAGUGGGUUCACAAGUUGGCUGUAUAUUUUUCUCCUACUCAUUUGAUUUACAGCCGGAAAUGGACACUAGCAGGAGGAGUUGCUACCCCGUGGCCAGUAGUAAAUCAGCCCGGAACAUUUUUUGUAUUUUAA